AUGAAGAGACACUACCUCCCCGUGGAUAAUUAUUACGGAUCUGUCGGGCUACCGCCAUACCGACAGCUUCGCGGUGCUUGGUGGGAAUCUGAUCCUCUUCAUAUCCCAGACUUGACCUCCGGCCUUGUCUCCGGCCUGGAACCACAUGAGGAACAAGACUCUGAUCACACCCGAUUCAACGAGUUGUUUCGGGGCUUUCCACAAGAAGUCAAGCACCAAAUCGUCGACUUGCUUCCACAAGGUUCCCUACCCCUAGACUGCAACUAUCUGGUGCCCCAGGAAGAAUGGAAGCACGUCUUUGUCAGAACUCCAUUCCUGUGGAACCUAGAUCAUGAAGCCAUUCACAAAAAAGCACUCUGCACCGCCAAACACCGAGUGGAACUGGGAGAAGCUGACCCGCCAAGUCAUGAGCCCCGUCACGGUGGCUGA